AUUUCGUUGUGAAAGUAGUAGCGUCUGCUACUACACUCCAGAGGUUUGAAGUGAGUUGGAGAUAAAGGCGAUCAUCACAGGCGCAUGAGCUGACCUAUUGUAAUAUAAAAAACAUGCCUCGAAACGGAGGCAAAAAGAAGUGGAAAUCGACCAAUUUUAAUAAGCAUGGAUAUGGAUGCGACCGCUCUAAGCAGCCACCGCCAUGCACUGGGGCCGCCAAGCCAACCCCGGGGUACGACCAGAAAAUACAGGCAGAGGCUCAGGCAUUAUUCGAAAAGAAAUUUGCUUUCAAGAGACCGACAGAAGGUAGUGAUUGGGCGUUGCCACCAGCCGAGAGUCUGUUUAGUUCAACAGUCCUCAAGGACUGGGAUUCUACGUUAAAUCGAUACAAGGAAGAACUGAACGACCUGAAAUGUCAACUGAGUGACAAGGACAUCCAACAGUGGCACCAGCACACUACGUUCACCCAUCGCUCUGCCCUCGUCAUGCCACACCUCCGCAGUGACUUCUGGGUAGAGCUGUGCACACAGGCCUGGUGUAAGUUCUACGAGAUUGUGUCCAGUUAUGAUGUCAUCCCACUUGACCUGACUGGACGGGAAGGGGCGUGUUUCAACUCUGUCCACUUGUGCGAGGCACCAGGGGCAUUUGUGACAAGCCUUAACCAUUAUCUCAAGAGCAAUGCUGGGCUGAAGCACGCAAUGUGGAACUGGCUAGCCACCACGCUGAACCCGUACUACGAAGGGAACAGCACCGAUGCUAUGAUUGCAGAUGAUCGCUUCAUUCUGCAGACGCAGGAUCACUGGUUCUUUGGAGAAGACAACACAGGAGACGUGAUGAACGUAGAUAACUUAAAGUCCCUCCAGCAACGAGUGAACAACAGCAUGGGGAAAGUACAGUUGGUAACGGCCGACGGCAGCAUUAAUUGUCAGAAUGAUCCUGCUGAGCAAGAGAUGGUGGUCUCCCAGUUGCACUACUGCGAGAUUGCGACGGCGGCAACUCUCCUAGCCGACGGAGGCUCCUUCAUCCUGAAGAUGUUCACGUUGUUUGAGCAUCCGACAGCCUGCCUGAUGUAUUUUCUAAACUGUGCCUUUCGAGAGGUUCAUGUCUGCAAGCCUGCUACGAGCAAAGCUGGCAACUCGGAGGUGUACGUGGUUUGUCUUAGAUUUGUUGGCCAACAGAAUCUGGAGCAGUAUUUGCAAAGCUUGCUCGGUCAUUUUGGACCAGCCGAUUGCCCACAGGCCCUCUUUUCCCCUUCGGACAUUCCAGAUUCGUUUCUUGAUCAGCUUCGCUCCUGUGCUGCCACCUUCAAGACUUACCAGAUGGACGCCAUCUCAGAGAACAUCUGGCUGUACCCGCAAAUGUCCAACAAAGAGCGCCACCGUCUGACCCAAGUGAGACAGGCGUGCCAGCAAGCCUACGUGGAACGCUACGCUGUCAAGAACAUCAAAAAGGCUGACAAGAUCUGCCCCGAUGCAUUCAAGGGCAGGAACUUUCGCGCAAGGGGCAUGUUUACCAAGACUGCCAGCAAGAGACUGCAUGGAACCUUCAUGGAGAGGCAGCAGCUAGACCAUGGUCACUGGCUGCAGAGACUGAAUGCUGACUACCAGCAGCUUGCCGUCAGUACAUCGGGGUCAGAGGUCAUUAGCCAGACUCUUCAGAGUAACCGAGAGUUGAUGCCGAGUGAAGUCGGAGAUUGGGGUGUGGUCAUUGGUCGGAGGCUGACGUCCAUUCAAAGUUCGUCGUUCUGUGUGGCCGAAGUCCUUGACGACUGGAACCUAGCCUAUACGCACUCUGAGGUUGGCAGCGACUGGAAGGAAGAGGACUUGGGCAAGUCUACCAACUGUGAUGAAGCUAUCGUGGGAUUGAUGUUGGCCGAUUUGACCAACCUUUGCAGGAUUGUGAGGACCAACUCUGCCGUAAAUUGUCUGUGUCUGCUUACACGGAGCCAAGAAACAUUCCUGCAACUUCUCAACACAUCAGAGCAUUGGAGCCUCAAGGAAUGCCAAGUGGCUGUCACUGAUGCUGGUGUUGACGUAACAGUGGUAGAGACAGGACAAAUGACAGAUCCCGUUCAAGGCGAGAGCGAGUCCAGUACGGCAUCGACCCUUGGCAUUCCACAUCUCAGAGAUUGGACCGUCGUGAGCCAGUGUUCUGUGACUCUUCAAACUCACAAAGUGCCUGUGGUGUUCUCAGACUGCUUCCUCGGAGUGGAGGGGUCAAUUUCUGACAGGAAACUGGUGCCGGAGGAGCUGGACACCAGACUUCAGUCACUGACGUCUGUCCUGUUGGCCAUGAAUGCUUUGCAAAUUGGCGGUACCUUGAUUUUGUUUGUUCCUGGGAUUCUGACGCGAUUCUCCGCUGGAUUGCUGUACAUCAUUCACAAAACUUUUCAACAGGUAACACUGAUGGCUGACAUUGUUGACAGGGCCUCCUCAAGGGUCGCCAUCGUUGGGCGGGGCUUUGUGGGGGCCCACCCUGCACUCACCAAGCAUCUUUUCACAGUGUAUUCAUCCGUCUUGGAGAACUGCAGUGAUGGGCAAACAGAGGUCUUGACGUUUGUUCCCCAGUCACAACUUUGUGAAAAGGAGUUCAACAGCGCAGUGACGGAGUUUAGCCAGCGUUUGCUGCGGGCUCAGACCGGCUUACUCGUACAGGCCGAGCUCAUUGCCCAGCAGGGCGGAGAGCAGAUGGAAAGCAACACCCCUGAGCAAACCAGGUGACAAGCUCGAGAUGAGGGGGGUCGGGGACAGAGAGCAGAGCCAACGAGAGAGUGGGCGGCGAAGAAAGAUGCAGACAAUAUUUGAUGCACAUGAAAGAGCAUUUUUGUACUUAAAUUUGCAGCAAAUCGCUUCCUAGGAAGGGAACAUUUUAUACUAUGACAACAAGCCCCAUGGGCUGGUUAGAUGUCCGUGAGAAGCUUUCAAAAUCUUAAUGGGAUGCUACGUUAUCGUAGGUUUUGAUUGGUCCAGACAAAAACCACAGUUCGGUCUGGACAAGUUUUUGGUAUGUAAGACAUCAGAUUAACUUUAAUAACAUUUGAAGGAACAGUCUUAACCCUAACAAUCCUUAGUCCUCCAACAGGUAAAGGAUUGAGGAGUGUGAGGGUAAAAGAGUUUUUGAUUUGUAACUGUUGUCCAGUGUGGCGAACAAUGCAAAGGCUUAAUCAAAAUUAUCUCCUUUGUAUACUCUCUUGAUGUAACGUUCCUGACUUCAUUCUUAUAAUAUCAUUGUGUAGCAAAGUACUUUGUGAAUACAGGAAGUAAUGUUUCAAGUCCUAUUCCAGAGAAGUGCACCUACAUGCACACCAAACCGUUUGCCAAGUUUUUUGAAAACCAUUUCAUUUCAAAUACCAUGAUUUUCACGUGGCAUGACACUGCUUUAUCUUGCCUGUUUGUUCUCCUGGCAUUCUUUUUUUACUUGAUAUGUCUGGGAUGUAUUGGGAAUUUUAUCUAUGUGGAAUUUUCUCUCUUUUGACUCAAAAGGUCAAAAGAACAGAAUCUUUUGAGGAGUGACCAUCUUUUCCAGCUAAACUGUCAUCUUCAGAUUAAUGUUAAAGUCACGAGAUGUCAAGAAUACAUCUUGCAGGAUUUAAGUGGAACUCAGUGGUUUUACAAUUGUUUUUGAAAAACUAUAUUUUUUUCGUAAUCUGAACUGAAAUACAUUUACAGUAUAUUCAACUGUAUUUUCUUUUACGAUAUGUAAGGUGUGAAAAGUCUUAAAUUGAAAAGAAAAAUAUCACUGAUGCAAAUCCUGUCAGUAAGUGCCAAGUUAAUGUGUCCGUAAUUUGAUUGGGUAGGUAAGGGAGCUGGAAAUCGAUCUUAAUUCUGUUGAUGUACUCGGACUCCAAAGCAUGUGAGGCUUGGUCCUAAUCAAGUGACUACGGCCAGAAGUCACGCAUGUGUCUACAAGAAGUGGAUGUAGCCAUAAGCUAGUGACUUUAAUUUUUUUUUGUAUGGAGCUUAACUACAAGAUAAUUUAUUUCUGAUGAAGAGAUUGGACAUUGUAAUAUUCAAUCUUUGUUCUAUUCUGCAGCUGCUUGAAACUUUGUUUCUUUGGGUUCCAUUAAUAGUUGCUGUUUAGAAAAGGAAUUUUUACGUUUCCUUUUUUAAUAUUAAAAAUGCGUGGGUAGCGGGUAUUGUUUAUGGCGUCUUAAAAAUACAUGGAUUCGUUCUAUUAAAUAUGUUUGCUCUUGUCGAGUGA